AUGUGCUACAUCCACACCGACCACUUCAUCUGCGGCCACACGCAUUCCCGCCCCCACCAACCCGACCACUGCUCCGCCGCCCAGGCCAACCGCCCCUGCACCAAGAUCUGCAAGACCAUCUACCAGACCAGGCCCUGUCUGCCCUGCACGCCAGCCCUUGGAGCGUACCUGAAGCAACGUGGCUUCAACGCUGCCGGCGGUGUCCGUGUCGGUUCUCCGUUCGCGGCCUUGCAGCCCCCGGAGCGGAGGCGGGACUGGAGUGCGUACAACCCUGAGCGGCACCUGGGGGCGCGGGAGCAGCAGCGACGGCAGAACACCUUACGUGAUGAUGCGUUUGUGGCUCAGAAGGUGAGUGCAAAACCGAUAGCCGCUCCUCGCUUCUCCUCCCCUCCUAGGCAAGCACACUGUGGGCUCAUGGCGCAGCAGCAGCAGCAGCAGCAGCAGCAGCAGCAGCAGCAGCAGCAGCAGCAAUCUCAAGGUAUGAUAGCCCCGACCCCGCCUCCCAAUGUUGUCAAUGUCUGGAACGGUCAGCAAUUCAGCAGAAACAACAAUAACAACAACAACGUCCCCUCGUCAUUGGUGGCGGGCCCGUCAGCGUUCGCGAUGGGUAUGAUGACGCAGCGGCCGGAGCAGCAGGAGCAGCGCCAGAGCCAGGUAGCGUAUCGGCCUCGGGAGUACCAGCAGUAUCAGGGUUACCAGCCACAGCCGCAGCAGCGGGAGCAGCAACAAUGGGACAAGUCGAGGCGUGCAGACGUGAACGAGUAUCUUCGCCCGUUCUGA